AUGGACCAGCAAAUAUCACAAUUGGUAGAAGGAUACCAGGAGUCCAAGUUAAGGCACCUCAACGACCCCGACAAUGAGUCCAGCGAUGACGACGAAUUGUUGGAAUUGUUAGAGGAUGACGAUGUUCUUUCCAGAUACAGAGAUGAAAGAAUCCAACAAUUGACCAAAGAACUCAAGAAAAUCGACGACGUUGUUGCCGAUACCAACGAUGAAGAGUUGGGACGGGUGGUCAACAUUCUGGACGAGAAGGAAUUGAUGAAUAUAGUGACUCAAAACGAGUUGGUAAUCAUUCAUUUCUACCAGCCCAACUUCCAACGGUGCAAAAUAAUGAAUGAAAGACUAGCCCAGGUUGCGGAGAAGCAUCUCACCCUCAAGAUCCUCAGAAUUACCGCCGAAUCAGCACCAUUUUUGGUCACCAAGUUGGGAAUCAAGGUGCUACCCUUUGUUGUCAUAUAUAAGAAGGGUAAGGAGCUUACGCGUACUGUUGGAUUUGAGAAAUUUGGUAACGAUCCAAAUACAUUCCCUGUGGAGGCUUUGGAACGCUUCCUAAUCAUGCAUAACGUGAUCAACAGAAGAACGAUCAACUUCGGCUCCAUUCGGAGCAAACCGCAGAAGGCUGAGGACGACGAUGACGAUUUGGAUAUAUGA